CCCGAACCCUGUCACUCUCGGCUUCCACCCAGGUGAGGUGUCCGUCAAUGGAGCGGCUCCUGGCCCAGCUGUGUGGCACCGAUGCGGCGCGACUGUUCCCGCUGUGGGAAGGGGACACCACGGGCCACUGCUUCACUCAGCUGGUGCUCAGCGUCCUUCCCCACGCGCUCCUCGCUGUCCUCAGUGCCUGCCACUUGGGCACCCCAAGGACCUCCAAUUACAUCCUACCUCUCAAUCCUGGUUGGCGCCUCCGACUCGCAGCUUCCUUCCUUCUCUCUAUCUUCCCGCUGUUAGACCUCCUUCCAGUUGCUCUGCCACCAGGAUCACCCCCAGGGCCCGUAGGGCUAGAGGUGCUGGCAGGGUGUGUGACAGCUGUGGCCUGGUUCACCCACAGCCUGGCCCUGUGGGCAUUGGUUCGUUCCCCUCAUGGCCGCUCCCGUGGACCCUCGGCCUUGGCGCUGGCAGCCUUCCUCCCAGCCCCAGCCCUAGUGCUGACCCUGUUGUGGCAUUGCCAACGAGGCACAUUUCUGCCCCCACUUCUCCCGGGACCUCUGGGCCGUGUAUGUCUUCUCAUUCUGCAGCUGGCAGCAGUCUUGGCCUAUGGACUGGGCUGGGCAGCCCCUGGGGGGCCACGAGAGCCCUGGCCUCAGGAACCCUUCCUGUCCUCUGAGAGUCAAGAAACAGAGGUGGCUGAAGAUGGAGAAAGUUGGUUAUCACGCUUUUCCUAUGCCUGGUUGGCACCCUUGCUAACUCGGGGAGUCCGUGGAGAGCUCCGGCAGCCCCAGGACAUCUGCCGACUCCCCCGAAGGCUGCAUCCCGCCUACCUGGCCCGUGCCUUCCAAGCACACUGGAAGGAGGGAGCCCAGCUGUGGAGGGCCCUGUACGGGGCCUUCGGGUGUUGCUACCUGGCCCUUGGACUGUUGAAGAUGGUGGGGACCAUGCUGGCGUUCUCUGGGCCCCUGCUGCUCUCCCUGCUGGUGGGCUUCCUGGAGGAAGGGCAAGAGCCCCUAAGCCAUGGCCUGCUCUAUGUCCUGGGGUUGGCCAGUGGAGCUGUGAUAAGUACGGUGCUACAGAAUCAGUAUGGGUAUGAGGUACGGAAAGUGACACUUCAGGCACGGGGGGCUGUGCUGAGCAUCCUCUACCGCAAGGCCUUGCAGCUUGGGCCUAGCCGCCCUCCUACUGGGGAGGCCCUGAACCUACUAGGCACCGACUCUGAGCGACUGCUUAACUUUGCUGGCAGCUUCCAUGAGGCCUGGGGCCUGCCUCUGCAGCUGGCCAUCACCCUCUACUUGCUGUACCAGCAGGUGGGCAUGGCGUUCAUGGCAGGGUUGGUCUUGGCGCUGCUGCUGGUACCUGUCAACAAAGUGAUCGCCACCCGAAUUAUGGUCAGCAAUCAGGAGAUGCUAGGCCACAAGGAUGCACGAGUUAAGCUCAUGACAGAGCUGCUGAACGGCAUUCGAGUCAUCAAGUUCUUUGGGUGGGAGCAGGCUCUGGGGGACCGAGUAAAGGCCUACCGGACUCAAGAGUUGGGACGACUUCGGGUCAUCAAAUACCUGGAUGCAGCCUGUGUAUACCUCUGGGCUGCUCUGCCAGUUGUCAUCUGCAUCGUCAUCUUCAUCACCUAUGUCCUCAUGGGGCACCAGCUCACUGCCACCAAGGUGUUUACGGCCCUGGCGCUUGUGCGCCUGCUCAUUCUUCCUCUCAACAACUUUCCCUGGGUGAUCAAUGGCCUCUUGGAAUCCAAAGUGUCCUUGGACCGGAUCCAGCGUUUCCUAGACCUUCCAAACUACAACCCUGAGGCCUACUACAGCCCUGGUAAGGGGAGAGGGGCUAGAGGGAAGAACCCAGAACAUGAUCCCCCCACAGAGCCAUCCACAGUACUGGAGCUGCAUGAAGCCCUGUUCUCGUGGGACCCGAUUGGAAUCAGCCGGAAGACCUUCAUCAGUCACCUCGAAGUGAAACAGGGCAUGCUUGUGGGCAUCGUGGGGAAGGUGGGCUGUGGGAAGAGUUCGCUGCUGGCCGCCAUCACUGGGGAGCUCCACAGGCUCUGCGGGUGGGUGGCUGUGUCAGGGCUGUCCAAAGGCUUUGGACUGGCCACCCAGGAGCCCUGGAUCCAAUGCGCCACCAUCCGAGACAAUAUCCUCUUUGGGAAGACAUUUGAUGCCCGGCUGUACAUGGAGGUGCUGGAGGCCUGCGCCCUCAAUGAUGAUCUCAGUAUCCUGCCUGCUGGAGACCAGACAGAGGUGGGCGAGAAGGGCGUGACCCUCAGUGGGGGACAGCGGGCCCGGAUUGCACUUGCCCGUGCUGUCUACCAGGAAAAAACAUUCUAUCUCCUUGACGACCCUCUGGCUGCUGUGGAUGCAGAUGUGGCGAACCACCUGCUACACAGGUGCAUCCUGGGAGUGCUAAGCCAUACCACCCGGCUGUUGUGCACCCAUCGCACUGAGUACCUGGAGAGGGCAGACAUGGUGCUGUUGAUGGAGGCCGGGCACCUGGUGCGAGCAGGGCCUCCCUCUGAGAUUCUACCAUUGGUUCAAGCUGUCCCCACAGCCUGGGUUGAGGAGGAACAAGUGACUGACUCAGGCAAGUUGCUAUCAGCAAGGGACCUAGAGAAAACAACCGAGGGGCCGGAGGCGGAGGAGAACGCAUCGGGUCGCCUGGUGCAGGAGGAGAGCAAAUGCACGGGUGCUGUGGCCCUGCAUGUGUACGGAGCGUACUGGAGGGCCAUGGGCAGCGGCCUGGCCAUCGCCACCCUCCUCUCUCUGCUUCUCAUGCAAGCCACACGCAACGGUGCUGAUUGGUGGCUCUCUUACUGGCUCUCCCGGCUGAAGACAGCCAGGAAUAGCUCCAAGGAAGGUCCGGCUCCUUCCAGCCCAGGCUCCGCAGCUGACUUCUCCCUACCAUUGCUUCUCUCCUCCUCCAGAAACUUCUACAUCCCGCUGUGCAGAGCUGCUUCCAAUGGCUCCUCGGAUGUCCACUUCUACCUCACCGUGUACGCGGCCAUUGCUGGCGCCAACUCGCUCUGCACCCUCCUCCGGGCAGUGCUCUUUGCAGCAGGUGCCCUCCAAGCAGCUGUCACACUACACCACCGCCCGCUGCAUCGGCUCCUCACGGCACCAGUGACUUUCUUUGACUCCACGCCCUCAGGCCGAGUCUUGAACCGCUUCUCCUCAGAUGUAGCCUGUGUGGACGACAGCCUGCCCUUCCUCCUCAACAUCCUGCUGGCCAACUCUGUGGGCCUGCUGGGCCUCCUGAUUGUGUUAGGUUCUGGUCUGCCCUGGCUGCUGCUGCUCCUGCCACCUCUGAGCUUCAUCUACUACCGAGUCCAAGGCCAAUACAGGGUCUCCUUCCGAGAGCUGCGGCGCCUGGGCAGCCUCACCCUGUCUCCGCUCUACACCCACCUAGCUGACACCCUGGCAGGCCUCCCGGUGCUCCGGGCUUCAGGGGCCACCUACAGGUUUGAGGAGGAGAACCAGCGACUCUUGGAGCGAAACCAGAGGUGCCAGUUUGCCUCCUGUGCCAUGGUGCAGUGGCUGGACAUUCGACUGCAGCUCAUGGGAGCAGCAGUGGUCAGCGCCAUCGCGGGCAUCGCCCUGGUGCAGCACCAACAGGGCCUUGCCAACCCAGGGCUGGUGGGCCUUGUGCUGUCCUAUGCCUUGUCCUUGACGGGCCUGCUCUCGGGCCUGGUGAGCAGCUUCACACAGACGGAAGCCAUGAUGGUGAGCGUCGAGCGGCUGGAGGAGUAUUCCCAUGACAUUCCCCAGGAGCCCCAAGGCGUGCCACUGCAGACACCCCAGCAGGGCAUCAGGUGGCUGACCCAGGGAAGUGUGGAGUUCCAGGACGUGGUGUUGGUGUAUCGGCCGGGGCUGCCAAAUGCCUUGGACAAGGUGACCUUCCAAGUGGAAGCUGGAGAAAAACUGGGCAUUGUAGGCCGCACCGGCUCCGGCAAGUCUUCCCUAUUUAUGGUGCUCUUCCGGCUGCUGGAGCCCAGCGCAGGGCGGGUGCUGCUAGACGGUGUGGACACCAGUCAGCUGGAGCUGGCUGAGCUCAGAUCCCAGCUGGCCAUCAUCCCCCAGGAGCCUUUUUUGUUCAGUGGAACUGUUCGAGAGAACCUGGACCCCCAGGGCCUACAUGAGGACAGGGCCCUGUGGCAAGCCCUAGAGCAGUGCCACUUGCGUGAGGUGAUCGUUGCUGUGGGUGGUCUGGAUGGAGAGCUGGGUGAAAGGGGCCAGAACUUGUCCCUGGGACAGAGGCAGCUGCUGUGUCUGGCCAGGGCUCUUCUUACAGAUGCCAAGAUCUUGUGCAUCGAUGAGGCCACAGCAAGUGUGGACCAGAAGACAGACCAGCUGCUCCAGCAAACCAUCUGCCAACGCUUUGCCAACAAGACAGUGCUGACUAUUGCCCACAGGCUCAACACAAUCCUAAACUCUGACCGGGUGCUGGUGCUCCAAGCCGGGAGAGUGGUAGAGCUGGACUCGCCCUCUGUCCUACGCAAACGGUCCCAGUCACUGUUCCAGCAGCUACUACAGAGCAGCCAGCGGGGAGCCCACUCCCUCCCUGCAGGACCCUGAGCCUCUGUGGGGCCCUCUGCUCCUUCCCGCCAGGGCUGCCUGCUUACAUUUCCUCUGUGGUUCUACCUCUCCUCCACUUCCCCAGAUGGAAAGGCCACCCUGGUUUCCUCCAUGCAAGCCACACAUAGGUGGGUUGAAGGUUCCGGCUUCCUCAGAACAGAACUGGCCCACUAUGGGCCUCUUCACCCAGAGCCCUGGACCAGUUUUUCUUCCGUAGAAGCCCAUUUUCAUUUUCAUAAUUUUAUUUGAUAAAAUUCCUAUCUUACA